UCUCUCUCUAUAAUAAAAUUAUUUACGAGUAGAUUAUGUUAGAUCCCAAAGGAAAUAAUUGGCCAUAUGCCCUAAUCGAAUUAAUAGUUACGAUUGAGAUAACUUUGAAGUAAGAGAACUCUUAUUGAUUAUCUUCUUUAGAAAUGAUCUGUUUGGAUCGUUUGUAAAAAAAGGAAGAAGAAGAAGAAGAAGAAGAAGAAGAAGAUGAAAGAUGUUUUCAACAUGGCGGGGUAUGGUCGUCGUCGUUUUACACAGAGAACAAAGUUUCGAUAUCGUUGGAGCAAAGAAUUCCGGUUAUCGAGCCGAAAAAAUGAGGUCGAGUGGCGUUGACACGCUCACAAAGAUAAAUCAUCCUCAGUUCUCUUCUAGUUGCGUUUGUUCAUCGUCCUUCCGGUUUCCGGUUUCCUAUCGGCGGAUGGACGUGCCAAUCGUUGGGAAGUCCGAACUCGGAGGAAAGUACGAAGCCGGAAGGAUACGGCGUCGUCGUCGUCGUCGUCUUGAUUGUCGUCAUUGGCAAAGAGGAAGAAGAAGAAGAAGAGGAGGUGAUGGUGAUGGCGGUGGUGGUGGAAAGUUGACGGAAGUCGGUAGAUACGCGAUAAGGAAAAGGAAAAGGGAGAGGAAGAGGAAGAAGAAGAAGUGGCGUGAAGAGGAGUGGUGGACUAAAGGAGGAAAAGAAGAAGAAGAAGAAAAGGAAGAAGAAGAAGAACAGGAACAAGAGAAAGAAGAAAUUGGUGUUGCUGGUUUUAUUACUGGUGUUGUUACUGAUGGUGUUAUUGUUGGUAAUGGUGGUUGUGCUAAUGCUAUUGCUAGUUUUGCUCCAUCAUCAUUGUUUCUAUUGUGUUGUUAACGAUUAUCUGCAGGAUAUCUCGAAAUGGAUAAUAAUUUUGUUCGAUUGAAAGAAUUUCGUUCUUUAAUUCGACUAUCAUCGUCGUGGUCGUCAUUGUUAUCAUCAUCAUCAUCAUCAUCAUCAUUGUCAUCAUCGUCGUUGUCGUUGUCGUCGUCGUCGUCGUCUCACCUCAUCCUAUUACCACCAAUUAUAUUCUCCUUUAUCAUAUAUUCUCUAAUAACGAUAAUUCGACAAAAGAUAAUAUCGUCGUUAUUCAUCUUCCCUUUUAUUAUUUGACCCCCCCCCUCUCUCUUUCUCCCUCUCUUUCUCUCGUUCAGAUUCUCAUUGAUAUUGAAAACGAACGUAAAAAAUACUAUAACGACGAAUUGUAUCUUUUUCUUCAGUUUCUUUUUUCCUCCCCCUACCCAUCCCCUCCUACCCAUCCCUGAAUUCCCUCCUCAUUUCCUUCCUCUUCUUCUUUUCUGAUCUAUCAUCUUCUCCUUUAUAUCCUUACCUCAUCAUUUUUAACCUACGAUAAAAUUCUUUACGUUUGAAUGAAAAGGAAGAAAAAGAAUAUAACCGGAGGAAAAGAACUCUCAUAUUGAUACUUUCACCAAUCAAUCAAUCAAUGAAUCAAUCAAUCAAUCAAUCAAUCAAUCGAGUAAUCAAUCAACAAUCCGGACGCUCUUUUCUUUUCUUUUUUUUUUCUUUUUUCUUUUUUCUUUUUUCCUGAUAAUCGAUCCGAAUAGAGGCACAUCAGAUCAAUCGCACUCCAAUUCUUUCGUAGCGUGUGUAUUUCUCCGUUCGAUCAGGAAAGAAUAAGAAGAAUAAGAAGAAGAAAAAGAAAAAGAAGAAAAAGAAAAAGAAAAAAAAAGGGAAAAGAAAUUCUCCAAAAUCCUGUUGUCUUACGUAUGCGUAUAUACGAGUAAACAAACAACACAUAGUAUUGUUUACAGUAAUUUAUACUUCAUAUUCGAUUCAUCGUCCUUAUCCCUGUGCAAGCGUUUCGCGCUAGCGCGGGCGAAUUCCUCUCCCCUCCUCGCCCCUUCUAUCCCUCCUGCCUCCCGGCUCUCAGAGCCCCUCCUCCUCCUCCUCCUCCUCCUCCUUCUCUUCCUCCCUCACCAUUACCAUUCAAUCUUUCCUUCUCCUCUUUUCAAGUGGGAAACACUGUGUAACCGGCGUUUAUAAUCAUCAGUAACGUCUCGAUCCUCGACGUAGGAAGUGUUGUGUGUGACUCGUUAGAAAGUUAAUAUUAUUAUAGAACGUUUUCGUUGAAAUCAUCCUGCCAUCCCCCACCCCCACCCACGGCGCCUCCUCUUUGACCUCCCAUCCGUCGUUUCCUCAUCUCUCUUCGUUUUCUAUUUAGAUUUCGAUGAGUGAUCGAUCGAUGACGAAUUGUUGAUCAGUUUUUAUUUUCUCUUUAUUCUUUUCUUUUCGUUUCUUGGCUUCUUUAUUCUUUUUUUUUUUUUUUUUUAAUUUUCUCUCUCUCUCUCUCUCUCUC